UCAUUCUUUUUUCCAAAAAAGGUCAUACCCCGAUGGUCACGUGAUUCCCUCCAUCCAAUGAUGCCUGAGAAUCCACUGUAGCGGUUUCCAGUCUUGUGACAAAGUAUAAGUUUAGCCACAUUUCCACCUGUUGCUUUUGUUCGGUAAGCUGUGUUUGUGAGCCACCAAGACUCUUCAUCGACCAACAUGGCAUUCUCAGGCAUUCUUCUCUGCGCAUUGAUGAUGGUGCUUGCUGGAAACUCUGUGAGUGGGCAUUCUCCGCCCAACGGACUAGAAGAUAAAGAGUGUGUUCCUGCGGUAGAGGCGAUGAGGACCUACUUCAGGAAGGACUCCGUGCAGAAGUUCAUCUCCUCUACUUUGAAGAAUAGCUGUCUUGGCGUCCGCUCUAAGGACAAGUGUGACCUGAAGGUGAAGGAAGCCAUGACCGACCUGGAUGAAAUCGUUUUCAGCAAGAUGCAACCGAAGGACCUGUGUGUCCUCCGCAACUAUACAGGCAAUGGAGUCGGCAAGAAAGUCCAGGUGAAAGGAGGUGUCCUCUGUCGUACUAUCGUGACCUUGGUCAGGAAUUACCUGGAGGAGCAUUCGGAUCUGAUCACUGAUGUCGUCGCCGAAGCCGCCGCUGGCAUCUGUUCUUACGUCCCGUUGCCUGAUUUCCUGUUCCCGUGCAAGGAAGUGGUCAGGAAGUUCAUGGCGGAGCUUUUCAAUCAAAUCGUGAACGAGCUGAACCCAGCAGUCAUCUGCAAUAUAUAA